GAAAGGGCUUUAGCUAAGCAGUGGGGGGAAAUAAUUACGAUUCCUGCUUUUUCGGAUGAGUUUUGUCACUCGAAGCGAUUUUAGUUUUGAAUAAGAAGAAAAUACACUUUACACAGCCAUGCGGCGAAGUAAGGCGGAAGUGGACCGCUAUAUUUCUUCAGUACAGAGUUCCUCUCCUUCGCUCAAAGAGAAACCAAUUAAAGGAUUUUUAUUUGCUAAAUUAUACUUCGAGGCUAAGGAGUAUGAACUUGCUAAAAGACAUGUAUCAGCAUAUCUGAAGGUGGCGGAAAGAGAUCCCAAAGCACACAAGUUCCUGGGCCAACUUUAUGAGAGGGAAGGAGAUAUCAACAAGGCCGUAGGAUGUUACAAGCGGUCUGUGGACCUGAACCCAGCCCAGAGGGACCUGGUUUUGAAGGUGGCUGAGCUGCUGGUCAGUAAGACCGAGAGAGACAGCAGAGCAGAGUUCUGGGUGGAGAAAGCUGCCAAGCUGCUGCCUGGACACCCUGCUGUCUUCAACCUCAAGGAGCGUCUACUGAAUCGACAGGGCCAGCAGGGAUGGAACCAGUUGUUUGACCUACUGCAGGCGGAGCUGGCUGUGAGGCCUGGCGAUGCCCAUAUCAACGUCAAGCUGGUUCAGCUGUUCUCUUCCGAUGGCAGGCUGGAGGAGGCUGUCAAACACUGUCUGGCCACAGAGAAGAGAGGCCUGCUUAGAUCCAGCUUGGACUGGUACUCUACUGUAGUACACACUCUACAGGAGUUCAUAGCCCAGCCCAGUGUUUCGUCCAAUGAGAAGAUGAGUCAACGUCUGCAGAGAGAGCUACUUUUGGCCCUCUGCAGCCUGCUGAGACUGACUCUGUCGGGGAAAGGACUGCAGCCUAGCAUCCAGGCCCUCUGGAGUUUUGACUGUGCGAUGCAGGGCCUGAAGAAGGCAGCGGGCAGUGUAACGGAUGAUCUGUCUGAGGUCUAUGUGGAGAUGAGGGGACAUCUGUACCUGCAUGCUGGCACUCUGCUGCUGAAGAUGGCUCAGGAGAAAGAACAGCAGUGGAGGGAUGUCAUUGAUCUGGCUGCUCUCUGCUAUCUACUGGCCUACCAGGUCCCCAGGCCGAAGAGCAAGGUGUCUAAAGGGGACCAGUCUCCUUCUCAGCCUCUGGAGCUGCUGGCCAGUGACAGAAAGAGCCAGGCUGGACACAUGCUGCUCAACCUCAAGCCCGAGACACACACCUUUGUCAGAGAGGUGGUGGAGGCGUUUGGGAACCGUAGUGGUCAGGGCUCUUUGUUUGAGCUUUUGUUUGGGCCUCUGGCUCCGGCCGGGACUUCCUUCAUCGGCAACGACGACAUCCGCUCCAUCAACACACAGGCUCCAGAGAUAUCUGACCUCACCAAAUGGGAUAACGGCUCCAUCCAGCUCCAUGGUGGGGAUCUCCAGCAGCUGUGUUGGCUGGGCCUCCAAUGGUCUCUCUUGGCCCAGAGGCCUGCUCUGAGGGACUGGCUCAAACAGCUGUUCCCCAGGCUCACCCUGGAGACCUCCAAACUGGACACCAACACACCAGAGUCCAUCUGCCUGCUAGACCUGGAGGUGUUCCUGUGUGGGGUGGUGUGGUGCAGUCACACCCAGCUCCAGGAGAGCGCCAGGAUCAGUUCUAUUGGUCAACAGCAACUCCAUGAGCCCCGCUGCCUGCCCCUGCCCCUCCUCCGCCUCCUCUCCACAGAAAGACAGCGGGACUGGUGGGACGCAGUCUACAGCCUCAUACACAAACGAGCUGCGCCUGGCAUGUCAGCCAAACUAAGGAUGACGGUUCAACAUGGACUAAGCACCUUGCGAGCCGGAGAGAAACAUGGCCUUCAACCAGCCCUGCCCAUACACUGGGCCCAGCACCUCAGCUCAACGGGGUUUGGUAUGAACUCCUACUACGACCAGGAGUCUAUAGGGCGUUGUGUCCACUACUGGAAGGUGGUGCUCCCCCUGCUGGACAAGAUCAAGAGGAGACGCGGCAUCCCUGGACCCCUGGACCCCCUGUUCAUACACUUCCCCUCUAGAGACAUAGAGAUCCCAUCAGUGAAGGGCUUUGAGGAGGAGGCCAGGAUAGCGUUUGCGACCCUUCUGGACAUCGAGGGGAAGACAGAGGAGGCUAUCGCUACCCUGGAGACCAUCAACAACAUCUCGUCUAACUGGCACCUAGCUAGGAUCUUCCAGCGUCUGUCUGAGGAGGCUGGUAGCGGGGUGGAGGAGACUCAGGACAGGUGCAUCAUGUUCCUCAGGAAGUUCAGAACUUACCUGUCCAAGAUCUACAACGCCAACGCUGACGACAUGGACAAGCUGCCCAUGUCGAUGGAGGAGGUGAUGGAUCUCCUGAACGAUGUGAAACAGCAGCUGGGGGAGAGUGGAGAAGCGAUGGAUGAAGAGGAGGAGGAGGAGGAGGAGGAUGGACCGGUCCACUCCAGCCUUCAGUUUACUAAGCCUGCUGCCUCAGUCUCUCGUGUCAAAUUCGCCCCAUUAACCCCCUCCCCCAGCAAGAGCUUGGCCUCUCCCUCCAAAAGACACCUGAUUUCCCCCAAGACGCCACCUCAUUGGGCGGAGGACCAGAAGUCCCUCCUGCAGAUGCUCUGCCAGCAGGUGGAGAGCCUCAAGAAUGAGGUCCAUGACCUGAGGCAUCACUCGUCAGACAGCAUGGUGUCACCCCAACAAAGGAUGUAUGGAGAUGGGUAUGUGGCUGAGCGCAUGCAGGAGGGCUACCCCCCAGCACAGACCUUCCAUGGAGCACCCCUCACUGUUACCACAACACAGGCACCCUCUAUGUAUUACAAUCAAUCCCCUGCUUAUAACGCCGGACAGUAUCUCCUUCGUACGGCAGCCAAUGUUACCCCAACAAAGGCUCCUGUGUAUGGAAUCAACCGCCUGCCUCCCCAGCAGCACAUGUAUGCCUACCAGCAGCCCACAAACACACCUCCCCUGCAGUCAACACCAGCCUGCAUCUACCCACCUCAAGACCAGGUCUUUGGCGCCCCCCUCCGCUUCGAGUCACCAGCAACCAGUCUACUCUCCCCAUACAGCGAGGAAUACUAUGGCCAUUCUCAGCCCACCACCAACCCUCCCCUCCCUGAGCCUGGAUACUUCACCAAGCCCUCCAUUGUACCUGUCCAACCACCGAAGAGCAUUGAGGGGAAGCCUGUGGGCUUUGGGAAGAUCUCCUUUGGCCAGCAGGUUCCUGCUGAGCCUCCUAAGGUGCCUAGCUUUGGUGCUGGAAUAGUCGCCCAGUCCACUCCAUUGUCCGCUGCCUUUAAAUUCAACUCCAACUUCAAAUCCAAUGAUGGGGACUUCACGUUCAAGUCCAAAAACAGUGAGAGCCUGUUGGGGCUUCUGACGUCAGAUAUUCCCACCAAAUCAGAGGUCCCCUCAGAGGGGAAGCCCCAAGAGCCUCCUAGCCAGGGAGGGAUAUUUACCUUUGGCACUAAAAGCGCAGCUGGGUUCUCCUUUGCUGACGCAAUCCAGAUCCAGGACAAACCAAACCUUUUUGGAAAAACUGACCAGCCAUUUAGUUUCACUGAUGUAACCAAGCCGGUAUUUGGGCUGGAAAACACAGCGGAGGAGGAGAAGGGAGCGGAGAGCAAUAACAACAGCACUCAUGUGGAGGAGGACGAGGAUGGGCCUCACUUUGAGCCUAUUGUGCCCCUCCCUGACAAAGUAGACGUGAAGACUGGAGAGGAGGAAGAGGAGGAGAUGUUCUGUAACAGGGCCAAGCUGUUCAGAUUCGAUGCGGAGACAAAAGAGUGGAAAGAGAGGGGCAUCGGCUUAGUCAAAAUCCUAAAGCACAACAGAUCAGGGAAAGUGCGUCUGCUGAUGAGGAGAGAGCAGGUUCUGAAGAUCUGCGCUAACCACUACAUUACGCCAGAUAUGCUCCUGAAACCAAACGCUGGAUCUGACAAGUCCUGGGUCUGGAAUGCCGUUGAUUAUGCGGAUGAGGAACCAAGGCCUGAGCAACUGGCCAUCCGGUACAAAACGGCUGACGAGGCAUUGCUCUUCAAGAUAAAGUUUGAAGAGGCUCAGAAGAUCGUUCCCAAAUCUCCAGAAAAGCAGCAAGAUCAGUCAUAUAGGAAAAAAAUGUAUACUAAACCCUCUGCUCCAGAGGUGACCAACUUUGCUGCACAGUUUGCAAAGAAGUACGGGGAAUGGGACUGCGAUGUGUGCUGUGUAAGAAAUGCAGCUAAAGUUAUGCAGUGUGUUGCCUGCCAGACUGACAACCCUAAUGCCCCAUCAAAGCCAGACAGCGCACCGGCUACUGACAUCAAAGGCUUUACUAGUGGGGCAGCUUCAGUGGGAGGAUUUACUUUUGGAUUUGGAGCUGACUCGUCAAAAGACACCAGCAGUGCAGGAUCUAUUGGAAAAGGAUUUGGGUCUUUUGGAGCUCAGAUACCCCCCUCCUUUACGUUUGGAACCAGUGGCACCACCUCUAUACCUGCUGCUGGUUUUGGUGCCCAGUUUGGUAAGAGGCAAGAAACCACAAAAGUAGCAGUAGAAUCAAAGCUAUUUUCUAAGAAGGAUGGACAAUGGGACUGUGAUUCCUGUCUAGUGAGGAAUGAUGCAUCUGCCUCUAAGUGUGUUUCCUGCCAGACACCCAACCCCAAUGCUAGCAGCUCCUCUCUUGGGGCCAUGUUUGCCAGGCAGGAGGGACAGUGGGACUGUGACACAUGUCUAGUCAGAAACAACGGCUCUGCUAGUCAAUGUGUCUCCUGUCAGAUGCCCAACCCCAAUGCUAAGAGCACAGCCACAGCCGCCCCUUCCAGCUCAUCCUUCAGCUUUAGCUUCGGGAGUCGGAGUGCCUCUACUCAGCCCGCAGGCACUGGGUUUAAAGCGAACUUCAACAGUGACAGCUCUUUUCAGUUUGGCACAGGCAAAGUUGAUAAAAGUUCCCUUGCACCCUUCACGUUUGAGACCCCUCCUCAGGCUGAAAGCAGUACCCCCAGUGCUGCAGGCUUCUCUUUCACCAUGCCCAUCCCAGCAGGUGGCUUUAAGUUUGGCACUCAGGAAACUGCAAAGGAAACCCCACCAGCUUCAGGGCCUGCGUCAAUGUUCCUGAAGAAUAUUGCAGAGCAGCACAGAGAGAAAGAGAAGGAAUCUGGUGUCAGUGUAUCUGCAUCAGCGCCGUCAGUGGACAAGACAGCUCAGGAUGAAAAUCCCCUCUUCACUGGCAAACCCAACGACUUCAGUUUUGCAGACUUGGCUAAAAACUCACAAGGAGACUUCCAGUUUGGACAGACUGACUCCAAUUUCAAAGGCUUCACCCGCGCUGGUGAGCAGCUGUUCACAUCCCUUCAGUCAAACCAGAGGGCAGACACCUCAGCUGACCAGGAUGAAGAGGACGUAUACAAGACAGAGGAGAAUGACGAUAUCCAGUUUGAGCCUGUGGUCCAGAUGCCUGAGAAAGUGGACCUGGUCACAGGAGAGGAGGACGAACAGGCCCUCUACUCCCAGAGAGUGAAGCUUUUCAGGUUUGACGGAGACAUCAGCCAGUGGAAGGAGAGGGGCGUUGGGGUCCUCAAGUUCCUGAAGAAUGCCACCAAUGGCAGGCUCAGGGUGCUGAUGAGGAGAGAGCAGGUCCUGAAGGUGUGUGCCAACCACUGGAUCACCACCACCAUGAACCUGAAGCCUUUGGCUGGCUCCGACAAGGCUUGGAUGUGGCUGGCUAAUGACUUCUCUGACGGAGAUGCCAGACUGGAGCAACUCGCUGCCAAGUUUAAAACACCAGAGCUGGCUGAGGAGUUCAAGCUGAAGUUUGAGGAGUGUCAGAGGCUCCUGUUGGACAUCCCACUGCAGACUCCUCACAAGCUUGUUGACACAGGCAGAACUGCACAUCUCAUCCAGAAGGCAGAGGAGAUGAAGUCCGGUCUGAAAGACCUUAAAUCUUUCCUGACUGAUGACAAAACAAAGAUCAAGGAGGACAACAGCCAAGCUAACGUCACGACAGCCAGUAACACCUCUGGUCUGAUCAUCAAGCCCCACGCAGAGAGCACUGGCCCUACCUUAGAAUGGGACAACUAUGACCUGAGAGAGGAGGCUCUGGACGACAGUGCUGACACCUCUGUCUACGCCUCACCCCUAGCAAGCAGCCCAAUCAGGAAGAACCUCUUCUGCUUUGGAGAAUCCACAGCUGGCUUCAACUUCAGCUUCCAUCCUGUCAUCAGUCCCGCCAAGUCUCCGGCCAAGCUGAACCAGAGCGGGGUGUCUGUGGACGAGGAGCAGGACGUUAGCCAGGAGGGGAAGCGGGAUGGCCUGUACUUUGAGCCUGUGGUUCCCCUGCCAGACCUGGUGGAGAUCUCCACUGGAGAGGAGAAUGAAAACGUGUGUUUCAGCCACAGGGCAAAGCUGUACCGCUAUGACAAAGACCUGAACCAGUGGAAGGAGAGGGGCAUCGGUGACCUCAAGAUACUGCAGAACUACGACACCAAACGAGUCAGACUUGUCAUGAGGAGAGACCAAGUCCUGAAGAUCUGCGCCAACCACUGGGUCACAUCUUCUAUGAAGUUGGAGCCCAUGAAGGGUGCUGAGAAGGCCUGGGUCUGGAGCGCUAUUGACUUUGCAGAGGUAGCUGAGGGAAAUGUUGAGCAGUUAGCGGUGAGGUUCAAACUGCAGGAUGUGGCCAACUCCUUCAGAGACAUCUUUGACCAGGCUAAAACUGCCCAGGAGAAUGAGAUUCUGGUCACUCCCAUAGCCUCCAGUGAGGCCCUUCCUCAGGAGGAAGCAACAGGGACAACAGUGUGUGGACAGGCUGCUGUGGCCAUCCUGGAGGAGACCACCACAGAACGGACGGAGCUGAAUCCUGAGACUUUCCAAAUCCCUGACUGCAAGGCCUCCACCGCCACACCACACAGCCCUCUCCACCCCUCCAAGAUGGUGAUGUCCCCACCCAAGUUCCUCUUUGGAACAGACUCUCUCCAGAAGAUAUUCGGCAGCAGCCCCCCAGCAUCCAAGGAGGAUGGUUCUUCAGAGAGCUCCAAGGUUAAAGACAGCGGUCGGACCUCCCAGCCUUCAACUGCAUUCAAAAUCCCAAAAAAAGGAUUGGAUUUUAGGCUUUUCAAAGAUAACCCAAUGGCUUUUUGGACCAGCACCUCAUCCACCCAAUUUGAGCCCCCAGCACCUUCUCAGGCGGAGGCCGACGAUGACAGUGAGGUGGAGGUGGUCUAUGUGAGGCAGCCGAUAGCGGAGCAGGCUCUUCUGGCCAGGGAACUCCUGCUGCCUCUCACCUUCUUCUGCUACCAGAACGAACCAGGAUAUACCAGCGACGACCAGUCAGAUGAUGAGGACUUUGAGACAGCAGUUAAAGCCCUGAAUGGAAAACUGUACCAGGAUCCUCCUAAGAGAAAGACUGCAAGUGCAGGUUCUGCAGGCCAGGCUGAGGCAGGUGUUGAGGGUCAAGACCCGGAGGUUGAGGUGGUGUGGGAGAAGAGGCCUACUCCAGAGGAGGAGCAGAAAGCCAGGAUGCUACAGCUGCCUUCAACCUUCUUCUGUGGUGUAGGCAGUGACAGCGAGGCAGAGAAGGACAAGCCAGAGGACUUUGAGACAGAGAUCCGCAAAGCACAGGAGGGCCUGGAUGCUGAGAGAAGUUCAGACCCUGUUUCAUCUGAGGCUGUGUCCUCCAGCACCGGCGAUACAGUGCCAGAACAACAGGUCCCAGACCAGUCCCCCAGUAGCCAGGAACAGGCUCCAGAUCAGUCUGAGGCAGAGGUCCAGUCCACUACAGCAGAAAAACAGGUCCCAGUUCAGGCAGUAACCAUCCAGGAGUCUGAAGUCUCAGCCCCAGGUAGCCAGGAACAGGCCACAGAACAGUCGGUUACCAUCCAGGAGGCAGAGGUCCAGUCCACUACAGAGGAGCGGCAGACUCCAGAUCAGUCAGACUCUACUCCAACAUCGUCUCAGACGGCGGUCUCCAGCAGCGGGGAGGAGGCUCAAACUCCAAACCCUUCAGAAAAACCUGCUGCUAGUGCCCCAGCUUUGGUGACCCCCUCAUUUGGUUUUGGAUUAGGUGCACAGUUUGGCAAAAAGCCAGGGCAGUGGGAGUGUGACACGUGUCUUGUUAGAAAUGAGGAGUCUGCAAGCAGUUGUGUUUCUUGUCAAACCCUAAACCCUGCAGCCAGCAGCGGGGAGCAGGCUCCAGAUCAGUCAGACUCUACUCCUGCAGCUACCAGCAGCAGCCCUAUAGACCUGUCUACCAAGAAGACCUCUGAGCCUGACUCCACUACUACAUUUACUACAACCACUACUCAAGAUGCUCCUAACUCAAUUGCCUCGUUGGCCUUCAGUGCUGUGGGAGGGGAAGGGUUCUCCUUCGCUGAUCUGGCACAGAACACCGGGGGGGAAUUUGCCUUUGGUAAACAAGAUUCGGACUUCUCGUGGGCGAACGCCGGGGCUACGUUGUUUGGAGCUGCAGCCCCACCCAAAGCUGAGGGAGGGGAGGAGGGGAGUGAUGAAGAGGACGCUAAUAAUGUGGACAUUGACUUUGAACCUAUAGUCUCUCUACCAGAGGUGGAGACUAAGUCAGGGGAGGAGGAUGAGGAGAUCCUGUUUAAGGAGCGUACCAAGCUGUACCGCUGGGAGAGAGACCUGAGCCAGUGGAAGGAAAGGGGUGUGGGAGACAUCAAGAUCCUCUUCCACCCCGAUAAGAGGUUCUACCGCGUGCUGAUGAGGAGGGAGCAGGUGCUGAAGGUCUGUGCCAAUCACACCAUCUGUCAGAGCAUGGAGCUCAAACCCAUGAACACCUCUGACCAAGCCCUAGUUUGGACAGCUACUGACUUUUCAGAGGGUGAGGGUAAGGUGGAACAGUUGGCAGCCAAGUUUAAGACGGCAGAGCUGGCCGAGUGUUUCAGGAAGACCUUCUGUGAGUGUCAGAGUCGUAUGAGCCAAUCAGAGGCCUCGGCCCUCUCCUCCCCCCAGAUGUCCAGGGUCCAGGAACAUUCCAGAGAUGCCAAUCCCCAGGUGUACCUCUCUAUUUCCACUGACGACGAGCCCCUGGGAAUGGUCACCAUAGAACUGUUCUCUCACAUCGUCCCCAAGACAGCUGAAAACUUCAGAGCACUGUGUACAGGACAGAAAGGCUUCGGGCUGCGCAACUCUGUCUUCCACAGGGUCGUACCAGACUUCAUGUGUCAGGGUGGAGACAUCACCAACCAGGAUGGGACGGGAGGGAAAUCCAUCUACGGGGACAAGUUUGAGGAUGAGAAUUUUGACGUGCGCCACACGGGCCCGGGGCUGCUGUCCAUGGCCAACCAUGGCCGAGACACCAACAACUCCCAGUUCUUCAUCACCUUGAAGAAGGCUGAGCACUUGGACUUCAAACACGUGGCCUUUGGUUUUGUCAGAGAGGGCAUGGACGUGGUUCGCAGCAUGGGACAGCUGGGGACCAAGACUGGCAAACCCAGCAAGAAGAUUGUCAUCACCGAAUGUGGACAACUGUAGAGCUUCGCUCUGUUCACUGACUGUGGACAAUUCAACUGUAGGGCUGAGAUCUGGUCACUGACUGGACGGCUAUCGGCCUUCGCUCUGGUCAUGGACUGGACAGUGAUAGGCUUUCAAACUGUGGAGUUGACAACUAUAGUAGGAACAUCUCAAAUGAGACCCUAUACCCCAUGUAGUGUACUAUUAUUUUAACCAGAGCCCAUGUGGAGUGCACUAAGGUCUCUGGUAGUACACAAUGAGGGGAAUAGGGUGUAAUUUGAGAUAGAGACCGUCUCCUUUUGAUAAAUGUUGCCCCACGCUGAGGGUAGCACGUGACUGUGUGAAUCCACAGACUUUAUUUUUGUGUAUAAUGUACAUGAAAGCGCUGGUUCCUUCAUAAGCUCCCUAACUUGAUUGUUCUGUAUAAUUAAGCCUUAAUUGAGAUGAACAAGAAACCUUGUUUAAAAACCAACCUGUGUUCAUUUUGAACUGCAUUCCUCUCCUGCUGCCUGUGUAUACUUUUAGGUGUGUUUUUGUGUAUACAUUGAUUUCAUAAUGUGCAAAUUAUGGAGACUACACUUGUCCAUCUUAAACUCUAAAGGUAGGAAUAUGAAGAACUAUAACCUUCUGUAUGACACUUUGGGAGAGGGAUGACAUUUUAUGGUUGUGGAAGAAUCUAUGCUAUUCUGUUGACAAAUAUCACUUGGGGUUGAAAUGAUUCUUAUUGUCAAAUAAAUAAAUGAUGCUGGAGAAUGGCUUUAGAAAUAAAGUUGCUUUAUACUGA